AUGCCACGUUUGCCAAGUCGCCCCUCUGUGUCACUCCAUACCUCCGCGUCUCACAUCGUCCUCGCACUCCUGGCAGGAGAGGCUGUGGCGCGGGCAGGGCUGCUGCUAGCAGCGGUUCAUGCUGCUGUGACUCAAGCAAUCACAUUCAUCCCCCCUUUUCCCUUUCCCCUUUGCCAUUUCCCUCACCACCUCACUCCCUUUCCCCUUUCCCCCUUCGCUCCCCUUUUUCCCGUUUCCUCUUCCCGCCUUCCGCCUUCCGCUUUCCGCCUUCCCCGUUCCCCCUUCCUUUUUGCCCUCCCCAUCCCUCCUCCCCCUUUCCACCUUUCCUCCUCCCUCGUCUCCCUUCCCCUUUCUCCGUGCCCUUUUUCCUCCCCAUUGCCCUUUUUCCUCCCCAUUGCCCUUUUUCCUCCCCAUUUCCCUUUUUCCUCCCCAUUUCCCUUUUUCCUCCCCAUUUCCCUUUUUCUCCCCAUUGCCCUUUUUCCUCCCCAUUGCCCUUUUUCCUCCCCAUUGCCCUUUUUCCUCCCCAUUUCCCUUUUUCCUCCCCAUUUCCCUUUUUCCUCCCCAUUUCCCUUUUUCCUCCCCAUUUCCCUUUUUCCUCACCAUUUCCCUUUUUCCUCCCCAUUUCCCUUUUUCCUCCCCAUUUCCCUUUUUCCUCCCCAUUUCCCUUUUUCCUCCCCAUUUCCCUUUUUCCUCCCCAUUUCCCUUUUUCCUCCCCAUUGCCCUUUUUCCUCCCCAUUUCCCUUUUUCCUCCCCAUUGCCCUUUUUCCUCCCCAUUUCCCUUUUUCCUCCCCAUUUCCCUUUUUCCUCCCCGUUGCCCUUUUUCCUCCCCAUUGCCCUUUUUCCUCCCCAUUUCCCUUUUUCCUCCCCAUUGCCCUUUUUCCUCCCCAUUGCCCUUUUUCCUCCCCAUUUCCCUUUUUCCUCCCCAUUGCCCUUUUUCCUCCGCAUUGCCCUUUUUCCUCCCCAUUGCCCUUUUUCCUCCCCAUUUCCCUUUUUCCUCCCCAUUGCCCUUUUUCCUCCCCAUUUCCCUUUUUCCUCCCGAUUGCCCUUUUUCCUCCCCAUUGCCCUUUUUCCUCCCCAUUUCCCUUUUUCCUCCCCAUUUCCCUUUUCCCUCCCCAUUUCCCUUUUUCCUCCCCAUUUCCCUUUUCCUCCCCAUUGCCCUUUUUCCUCCCCAUUGCCCUUUUUCCUCCCCAUUGCCCUUUUUCCUCAACAUUUCCCUUUUUCCUCCCCAUUUCCCUUUUUCCUCCCCAUUUCCCUUUUUCCUCCCCAUUUCCCUUUUUCCUCAACAUUUCCCUUUUUCCUCCCCAUUUCCCUUUUUCCUCCCCAUUUCCCUUUUUCCUCCCCAUUUCCCUUUUUCCUCCCCAUUUCCCUUUUUCCUCCCCAUUUCCCUUUUUCCUCCCCAUUUCCCUUUUUCCUCCCCAUUUCCCUUUUUCCUCCCCAUUUCCCUUUUUCCUCCCCAUUUCCCUUUUUCCUCCCCAUUGCCCUUUUUCCUCCCCAUUUCCCUUUUUCCUCCCCAUUUCCCUUUUUCCUGUCUUCUCCUCCCACUUCCCCCUGCCCCUUCCCUUCGUGCCCUUUCCCCUCCCGAUUGUUCCUCCCUCCUCUUCCCCCUAA